AUGAGGAGAUGUAGCUUCAAAGAUGCUGUUCAAACUUCCUAUCUUUUUCAUUCCCCACUUCAAUGUGCCAAUCAAUGCGCUACGCUGGCAAAAGGGCUGUCAGAAAGAGUCCAAUCCCGAGGAGAGUUCAUGCGUGAAGUUUCUUUGUUGAAUGAAGGUGAGUUCAAGGGCUUCUUUGAUCGGGAAAUGCACGCACUUCUUUUGUUGUCGUUAAGGUCCCUUCCCCCUGAGUUCAAGAUGUCCCUUUCCGCUUCUCUUUCAGCUACUUCCCUCAUUGGGAUUGGUCAAGCUCCUUCACUUAUUGCUCGAUCCGAUCCGGAACCUAUUGGGAUAGCACCUUUUCUUCCUAUUAGUAGGUCUUCUUGCCCGUUAAGUUCCUCUACUGGUAGUCUAGUUGUAGUUUUGAGCGGGUGA